AUGGCUGAUGAGCAGAGGGACUUAGUUGUACCUGAUCCCCUCCCUCUCAACUCACACUUCGCCCCCACAGCGUACACUACGCCAUCAUGUGUACGACUACCCACGAUCACGGCUAACAACUAUAAGAUUAAGCACGGGAAUGCCAAACAUUGGCUUAGUACUUUGCCAGGCAAUUCUAUAACAUCUUGGGCGCAAAUGAGUGUGGCAUUUUUUAAGAAAUUCUUCCCCAGAGGAAAAACACUCAGACUUCGACAGGAGAUUACCACUUUUCAACAAGCUGAGAAUGAACAGUUCGAUGAGGCUUGGGAGAGAUAUGGGGAUCUCAUUCUUAAGUGUCCGCACCAUGACAUACCUGAGUGGCAAUUAGUACAAAGUUUUUAUUCUGGGCUGCUUCUACCACAUCAUGUGAUGGUUGAUGCCUCAUGUGGAGGCUCUGUGAUGGUUAAGAAUGAAGAGGAUGCCUGGCAGUUGUUCGAAACUAUGAGCAAAGGGUCCCUACAAAAUGUUUCUUUUGAGAGGAGAGGUAAGUCAAUCACUGCUGGUUCUGAUAAGCCACGAGGUAUGAACGAGAUUAAACCAUCUCAUGACCUCCAUUCUAAAGUAGAAAUAUUGACUGAAAAGGUUGAAAAGCUUCUUUGCAUGGGACAUGCCACCCCACAGCCUCCACCUUAUCAGGGGGCAUGUUCUUUAUGUGCUAGUCUGGCCCAUUUCAUUACUGAUUGUCCUGCAGCCCCACAAUUCCCCAUUUUUGUGGAGGAGCAAGUUAACACUGCACAAGGGUACUCUAAUGCACGAGGUUUCUCCCAACCAGGUAAUGAUCCAUAUUCUAGUACUUACAACCUAGGAUGGAGCAAACACCCCAACUUCUCAUGGAAAUCACAAGAGCAGGGCAGCUCCUCUGCUCAGUAG